AUGACUUCGGUUGCCCACAACGUGCCCGAUAUUCCAUUGGAGCUGUGGCGUGAAAUCUUAUUUUGUUUGGCGAACCAGGAUAUCAAAUCUGUGCGCUUGGCAUCUAACCAAUUCUCCAUUGCAGUGGAACUCAACUUCUCACGAGUGUUCUUAUCACCCAAGCCCUUAAAUAUCGAAGUCUUCCGCGCGAUUGCCGACCAUGAUACUUUCCGCCACCAGGUAAAGAAAUAA